CAGUCACACUUUUGUCUCCACUCUCUCACAGAAGAAUCAGAGAUUCAGAGUUUGGGCACUUUGUAUUUUUACCAAACCCACAAUCAGAGGGCACAGAAAAAAAAAAUAAAAUAAAAAACAGAAAGCUGUUUCUCAGCUUUUCCUGGAAUCAGAAUUCAGAGAGAGCGAUGAUUUGUUUGGGUCGGGUUUUGUCGAUUUCAUAUCCAAUAAACAAUAGGUUGUAUACUUGUAAUUUUCAUAGAACGAGCUACAGAUUCGACGAUGUAAGACCUAGAUUGAGAUCGAAAUGGCGGUCCAUGGCGUCGGAGCCUGAGUCAUCAUCUUCUUUCGCUUCUUCCAUUGAAUCCGAUUCACCUGAUAUAAACGCUGCCGGAAACUUUUUUCUUCUUUCUGUCAUCUUUUGGUAUCAUUGAAAGUGGAGAAGCAGAGAGAAUAAUAGGUGGAAAGGAAGAUGACUCUUAGAAACAAGAUUCUGCAUCAUUGAGGGACCUGAAACGGUACAAGACUUUGCCAAAAUGGAACUACAAGAAAUUCAGGAUAAUAUUCGAAGUCGAAGGAACAAGAUCUUUUUGCAUAUGGAGGAGGUUCGCAGGCUGAGGAUACAACAGAGAAUCAAAAGUGCUGAGCUUGGAAUUUUUAAGGAAGAGCAAGAAAAUGAACUUCCUAAUUUUCCAUCAUUUAUACCCUUCUUGCCCCCUUUGAGUUCAGCAAACCUUAAGCUGUAUUAUGCUACUUGUUUUUCUUUGAUUGCGGGGAUAAUACUUUUUGGAGGCCUUCUUGCUCCCACUUUGGAGCUGAAGCUGGGACUAGGAGGCACAUCAUAUGAAGACUUUAUACGAAGUGUGCAUCUGCCGAUGCAGUUGAGUCAGGUUGAUCCGAUAGUGGCAUCGUUCUCUGGAGGAGCAGUUGGAGUGAUUUCAGCACUAAUGGUUGUUGAAAUAAACAAUGUAAAACAGCAGGAGCAUAAAAGAUGCAAAUAUUGUCUUGGAACUGGAUAUCUUGCUUGUGCUCGCUGUUCAAACACAGGAUCACUCGUUCUUAUUGAACCAGCAAUGUCAACAGUUAAUGGUAGAGAUCGGCCACUUUCAUUGCCUAAAACUGAAAGGUGUUCAAAUUGCUCAGGAUCUGGAAAGGUUAUGUGCCCCACAUGCCUCUGUACCGGAAUGGCAAUGGCAAGCGAGCAUGACCCUCGGAUUGAUCCAUUUGACUAAUAGCACACCGUCAGCAUUAGUUGCCACUCUUGUACCUGUUGGAAAAUACAAUUUUUGCCUGCACACCUGACUCCAUUUCAUCAACCAAGUAAACUUUGUAUAUAUUUAGAGCUGAUAUAAUGCACGUUUCAAUGUAAUUAAGUCCAAUAAGGGCCCCUAUCCCCAAUUCUGUGCAUUUUCACUUCCUGGAGUUUCCAGGCAUGGCGGUGGGUCUAGGAUUGUGAUUUUUACUACUGUUGCAAUACAUAGAUACCAUGGACUGAAUCAUGUUAUAAAAAACUAAUCAGCAGGUGUCCCUGCUAACCUAA